AUGUUUCGUCAGCAAUUUGAUCGAGAGCGAAUCGUCGACAUUGUCAUUGGUAAAAGUAUAAUUACAAAAAAGUUAUGUAAAGUCUUUCAUAUCGAAAUCACACUCGGACGUUUCGGUGUCACUUACAAAAUCGAAUACCGCAUGUAUUCUAUACUCGUCUGUUCCUUCAGCUUAUAUAAAACACAGUCAAUCGUACAAAUUAUUCAUGUCUUGUGUACGCCGUCUAAACAAUCCAUAACAAAAAAAACAUACGUCGUCAGACGGGAAAGACAGAAAUUCGAUGCGCAUAUCCGUAGUCAAGAUUUCAAUGAUCUAUUGAAUGCUGUUCAUACUUCAACGACGACAACUAUGUCGUCAAAUCUUCUCGUAUUAAAUCCGAUGGAAUUCGAGCAUGAAUUUCAAGAUCCAUUACAUAAAUCAUUGGACAUUGUUGAAACACAAUAUCUUAGUUUUAAUAUGUCACAAUAUGGAUCAGAUGGUGGUGUUUUUUCAAGUCCGAAUUUUCCUCAUAACUAUCCACAAGAUGCGAUUAUUUUCUAUCAAUUCGUAGCUUCUACUAAUUACCGUGUCGUUAUUGAAAUUGAUUUUUUUGAAAUCCGCGGUGUUUCACCGCAAUGUACACACGAUUAUCUCGACGUCUUUAUCAAUCUGACUGACUUUAAUCUUGUCAAUGAUCAAUUGCUCCAUCGUUUCUGUGGACGAAAUAAACCGCCAUUGUUGAUAUCUAUAACCAAUUUACUUUUAUUGGGCUUUUUCACUGAAGAUAUGCAAACUGAAAGAGGUUUUAAUGGUUCAUUUCGUUUCAUACCGGCACAACGAUAUAAAGAGAAUCUCAUACGCGAACCAUGCGAUUACAUUUUUGAUUCAUCGAAAUCUAAACGUGGAGAAUUCUUCUCGCCAACAUACCCCGGAACAUAUCUACCGUGGCAAUUCUGCAAUUAUUCAUUUGUUGGUCAGUCCAAUGAACGUGUUCAUAUACGUUUUCGCGAUUUAAUGUUGUUUAAAACACCAAAUGCGCAACAUUGUGCAAUAGACUUGAUUCGUUUGUAUGACAACACACUUCGUCCAAUUGAACUGGAAAGAUUUCUUUCGAGCUUUAAACAAACCAGUCCUGUUGAUGGUGGACUUCUAUCUGAACAAAGUGAUUCUCAACAUAUUACAGAUCUGUGCGGAACUUACUCAAUGCCAUUGGAUGUUUAUUCAACGAAAAGUUCUUUAUUAUUCUAUUUCAUUACCACACAUUACGCAGAGUUAACUAAUGAAGAACAAUCGCAACUUAAUGAAGCAUCAAUGCCAUCACUCUGGCGGAAAGGCUUCUACGCUGAAUAUGAAUUCCUCUCGACAUUGACAACAUUGGAUUUUAUACCCAGAAAUCAAACUAAUCAGUAUUUAUCUGGUACAGAAUGUGAUCAAACGAUUAAAUCAUUUGGAAAAGGUCAUGGAAUUCUUCAGUCACCGAAUUGGCCUAAUUUCUAUAAACCGCAAACAUCAUGUUCGACAUAUCUAUUAGGUAUCGAUGAUCGUUAUGGUUUAGAAAACGUUGAAAUUGAAUUCGAACAAUUCGAUAUCGAUUGUCAACUAGCCAUCUUUGUUAUCUACAAUGCAAGUAGAAUACACGAUUAUCAUUUACAAUCGCACCCAUCUUAUUCGUUUGUUAACUCAACGUUGGUCAGUAAGGAGAAAUCGUUUAAUAAUUAUUAUCAACAAGAAGUAGAUUUUAAAGAGAAUUUGACAUUUUGUGGACAUUUCAAACCAGAAGGACGUUUCGUUUCUCAGAAUUCUCUACUAAAAUUAUCUUUCAUACCCAAAACGCGUCCAGCAAACAACCUUUUGCCAUCGCUAGUAAACGGUGGUAAAUUUCAAGCCAAAUACAGAUUCAUUAAAAGUUAUCACCAAUUAUCUAAAAAUAAAUCCCAGUUAAUCAAUACAGGUGAUUGUAGUCUUUUCUAUUAUCAAUCUCGAGCACUGAACGGAAAAUUUCAACCACCACGUUCAUCAGAUGAAGACUACUUCUCAAAUGCAAAUUGCACAUUUCAUUUUCAAAUUCUCAAUUCGAAUUUUCGUCUUCUUAUCUCGUAUGACUAUUUCAAUAUUGCUGAUAACGACGUGAUUAAUUGUCCAUCGGAUAACUUAACUUAUACGUAUCGAUCACAUUCAUUAUACAAAUCCUAUCCGUAUAUUUACUGCGGAUAUCGGAACUAUCCGCCACCGUAUCUAACAGAUCAUUCAGUUGAACAAUUCCGUAUCCACUUUCGUUCGAAUAACGAUUCGGAGACUGGUUUAGGCUUCGAUGGUCGUUACGAAUUCGUUAAUCGAACGCAUCCGCUCUUUUCCUCACAAUGUCGAACGCCAUUCGAUCCAAUAAUUGAAAUCUAUGACAAAGAACAAUCAUCAGGAAAUCUAUCAAGUAGCGGUUAUCCGGAGAAUGUCAUUUGCGAAUGGUCAUAUCGAACAAAAGUUGAUUAUCAAUUUAAAUUGGAUCUGACUGUUGUUGAUUUAGAAGGCUCGAAAACAAAAGAUCCACCACAAGGAUGUCAAUCAUCUGUUCUAAAAAUUUUCAGUGAGGAACGUAUUGAUGAAUUAUGCGGACAGCAGGAGACCAUUUCUUAUAUAAUAACAAAGUCAAAUUGGUUUACAGUACAGUUUAUUUCGUUCACUCGUCAAACAGGAGAAUUGCUGAAAGGUUUCCAUUUGACAUGGACCAUCAUUCGACCGAAAACAACCGACCCGGAUUAUCUUGAUUGUCAACCGAGGAAUGAAACCGCAUUUUCUAUUCAUCGUUCAUUAAUAUGUGAUAACUAUGUUCAUUGUCAACCAUAUUCGAAUGCUGAUGAACUCUCAACGAAUUGUUCACAAUUACUGUCAACGAAUUCUUAUCUGGUUUCAUUUCCAUUUCUUCGACAACAUUAUAUUUUUAUUUCGAUUAUUAUUCUUUUGAUUAUCCUGACAAUAACUGUUGCCAUUCUGUUAAUUUUCUUCAUAAUCAAAACAAAAAACUAUUUACAUCAAGAAAAAAUUCGAUCAUCAACGAAAACGUAUUUCACCGAUAUUAAUACUCAUAAUCUUGACGACUCAACUGAUGUGAAUCUGAUGAAACAGACAGUAACUACAGUUUAA